GCAUCAGCAUCAGCAUCUAUUUCUUCGUCUUCUUCGUCUUGCUUUUUUUUACUAGGGUUAAGCCAGAGAGAAACUAGAGAUGAGGUUGAUAACGCACAACAUGCUUUCCUGCAACAUCAAAGGAGUCACCAAUGGAUUUCCUCUACGGAUCGAAGCUGGGAACGUGAUUGAGAAGGAAGUCGAUUUCAAUCCCGAUUUUAUCAGGCACAUGUUCGCGAAGAUUGAGUGGAAAGCUCUUGUGGAAGGUGCGCGUUCCAUGGGAUACGCUGAGUUACCUGAGGAUUCUCCGGACGCGGCGGUGCUGAAAUCAGAUGAGCCCUUCCUUAAGAAACUCCACCACGCGUUGCUCGAGCUCCACCUCGAAGAAGGCGCGCUUGUUUGCCCUGAGACUGGACGGAAGUUUCCGGUAAACAAAGGAAUCCCAAAUAUGCUUCUUCAUGAAGACGAGGUUUAAUUGAUUGGGAAAAUUUUACUUGUACGUUUUCGUUUAUGAUGUUUUUUGGGGGUUUGUCAGGGUUUCUGGGUAUGUUGCUGAUGAUGUUUGUGAUGUGAACCUUUAGUGAGUAUGCAAUUGAAUCAUCCCUUUUCAUCGUUUUGGAUCCUUUAAUCGUAUUGGUAGGGUUUUAUCA